UCUUUCCUCACUAUUCAGACACCUCUGGAAUAUCAUCCAUAACGGAAUUACUUUAUUUGUUUUUUUCUAUAAAGCUUUUAAGGCUGAGGAAACGUCAUCCUACACGAUAUCUAGAUCUUCGUUAACCAUGUCGAUGUGGUUUGCUGUACUUCAUGUUUUAGGUAUUCUGUCUUUGACCUGUUGCACUUUUGGAUCGGAUUUAAAUGUUCCGACACCAAUUAGCUGUGGAACUCGUGCGGUGGACCUACCAGACACACGUAAGAGAGUGCUCUGCCCAGCAAACUGCACUCUCUGGAGUCUGUCACUGUUUGGUUCAGGAGUAUAUGCCUCUGUUUCCAGCAUAUGUGGAGCAGCAAUACACAGAGGAAUCAUAAGUCUAUCUGGUGGACCUGUGGAGGUUCACGGACUGCAAGGGAGGACAAACUACCUUAGCUCUUAUGCUCAUGGCAUUCAGUCUCAGUCCCUGUCCCAAUGGAGCUCAUCUUUCACUGUGGCCAGAACAAUUAGCUUGCCUUUGGAAGUGUCCAGCCAAACCAGCAGUUCUGCCACUGUUGCAUCUGGAGCAGCCAAGAAACCAGUCAAAAAGACAGCAAAGAAGCCUCCUCCAACAACAACAGCAAACAGGGAUUGCCCAGUCGAUAUGGCUUUGCUGCUGGAUAGCAGCUACAAUAUUGGACAGCGGCGCUUCAACCUGCAGAAGAACUUUGUCAGUAAGCUUGUAGCCAUGCUGAAGGUUGGAACACCAGGUCCUCAUGUAGGAGUGGUGCAAACCAGUGAGACACCUCGAACUGAAUUCUACUUGUCAAACUAUACAACAGCCAAAGAUCUGAUGUUUGCCAUCAAAGAGAUCCCAUACAUUGGGGGCAAUACCAAUACAGGUAAGGCCAUACUGCACACUGUGAGGAACUUCUUCAAUCCGGAUUUUGGUGUUCGGAGAGGUUACCCACGGAUCAUUGUGGUGUUUGUCGAUGGGUGGCCUUCUGAUAAUGUGGAGGAGGCAGCAAUUUUAGCCAGAGAGUCUGGUAUUAACAUCUUCUUUGUGUCUGUCGCCAAACCUGCCCCUGAGGAGAUGAGCCUGGUGAGCGAGCAAGACUUCAUGAGAAAGGCAGUGUGCAAGGACAACGAGUUCUUCUCAUUCACCAUGCCCAGCUGGUUCGGCACCAACAAGUUUGUGAAGCCACUAGCUCAUAAACUUUGCUCCAUUGAUCAGAUGCUCUGCAGCAAGACAUGCUAUAACUCAGUGAACCUGGGCUUCCUGAUUGACGGCUCCAGCAGCGUAGGUGAUGGGAACUUUCGGCUAGUGCUGGACCUUCUUCUCUCUAUCGCGCGCAACUUUGACAUCUCUGACAUUGGCUCUCGCAUCGGUGCCAUUCAGUUCACCUACGACCAAAGGAUGGAGUUCAACUUCAAUGAGCACACCACAAAAGAUAAUGCUCUGAGGGCCCUGCAGAACAUCCCGUACAUGAGCGGAGGAACGGCCACUGGAGACGCCAUCAACUUUGCCGUGCGGAGUCUCUUUAAACCCCGCACAGGCUCCAACAAGAAUUUCCUCAUCAUCAUCACUGAUGGACAGUCUUAUGAUGAUGUGAGAGGGCCGGCUAUGGCCGCCCAGAGGGAGGGAAUCACUGUGUAUGCAGUGGGCGUAGCUUGGGCUCCGAUGGAAGAUCUGAAGGCAAUGGCGUCCGAGCCCAAGGAAAGCCAUGUGUUUUUCACUCGUGAGUUCACCGGCCUGGCGCAGUUCCAGCAGCCCAUCGUACGAGGCAUCUGCAGGGACUUCACAGAGUUCAACUAGACAGUGCGACUGCUUAAGUG